UGAUGUGGAGUUCAUUGUUGGAGAAGAGAAGAGAGUGGUGUACGCCCAUCGCUGUGUCCUCGCGUGCCGCUGUCAGCUCUUUCACGACAUGUUUGUCCAGCAGCAACCUGUGUGUGGGCCACAGGAGGCCAACCUUCCAUUUGUUUUUCCAAACGUGCAGCCCGAUGUCUUCCUGGCUGUGCUGGAGUUUCUCUACACAAACCGCGUGACACUGAGUGGCCAGAUAGCCCUGGAGGUGCUGACAUCCGCAGUGGAAUACGGACUGGACGAUCUUCGUAAGCUGUGUGUGCACUAUAUCAGCAGCACUCUGUCAGUGCAAUCAGUCUGUGAAGCAUUGCAGGCUGCAGUGACGUAUGCACAGACUGACAUGAAGGGAAAAUGUCUGGCCUUUAUCGAGCACCACACUAAAGGUAUUGUUAAGACCCAGGGUUUCCACGAGCUGUCUGACCCCGCCUUGCUCGCCAUCCUGCAGAGUGACUUACUCACCAUUGACGAGCCUGAUUUAAUUACCUGUGUCAGAGAGUGGGCCCACGUUAACUCGGUGGUGUUGAGUGUAUCUGUGCCAGACACAGCCAAGGAGGUUGUCCACGAACUGCGGCUCUUUCUGCUCGACCCUGAGGAACUGACAGCACUGGAGGCUGAGAACAAGAAGGAUAACUUCAUUCCCGUGGACAAGAUAGCGGAGGUGUGGAAGUUUCAUGCAUUAAAGAACCCAAGUGCCAUCUCGUCUCAUCUGCUUCAGAGACGCAGAGGAACUCAGCCUCGAGAACAUCACAAGUAUCUCAGCCUUCACCACAAAUCAAAGAUUACCAAAGACUUCUGAUGCUCUUUGUUGCCAACCCCUGGGUGAAGAUCAAGAGAGGUGACACCUGAGUUACCCAAAUUGACCCACAUCAAACUCGGAUGUCGUAACACAAGUCGUGGGUUUAUGCACCACCCAGUUUCUACAAACUACCUUCCAUUGGCUUGGGGCUCAAGUGAUAGCAAGUGGGGCUGUGUUUCACAUGGGGGCAUAACUAAAGCCAAAUGCCUCGUUGUACAAUACAAUUUGCAAUUAUAUAGCGCCAUUUAUGAGAAGCUUCUGCUUUUAUUAGUUAGCGUUUACAUUACAAUAAUGAAGGCAAAGGCCAGGGUAUUUCUGGCACUCACUGAGUGUGAUUCUGUGAUGGUUUUGUCUGUCAGCAUUGACAACGGUUCUUUUGUGACAUUUGGACUCCAAGCAAAGAGGGAAGUUUAGAAACUUGCCCGCUGUAUUGGGACGUUAGUGUUUGGCAGUUACUUUAAUAUUUUCUUCCUGUUGCUCAACUUUCCAUACUGCACAAGGCUUCUUUGUUCUGCUGUAUAAUUAACCCCUUGAGGUGUGCAAGAGAGGCUGGGAGAGGGAUUCUCACUCCCUGAGGUCUGAUUGACAUCUAGUGGGGGGUGAAGGAGAGGGAGCUUGUGUUGCAGGAGAAUGUAUGGAUGUACAGGAUAUAUUAUUUAUAAUAAACUAACCUCUGGUAAUUUAA